GGGUGUAGGAGUGGCAACCGUCGCCUCAUUGGACGUGCCGUUCCUGGUCGGUGAUUGGCCGGUUGUGGAACUACCAGGAGGCGGUUCCUUUGCUGGUUGCCCCUCUGUUGGGGGGUGAACGAAAGGGGGAAACAGGCCCUGACCCUCGCCAGGAAGGAGAGAACACGCGGCGAGCGAAAAAGACGGAGCGGCGCGGCGCGACCAGUUGGAAAAAGACGGCGGACUGGUCUACGGUGAGGGUGACACGACGCCGGGGGGUUCAGUCUGUGUUCGCCCAUCAGAGACACAUCACCAGCCACGAUACGGUCCGGUUACGUAUCUCUUCGACGCGAGGAUAACUCCUCGUCGAGCCAGGUGUUGCCCGUAUCUUGGACAAACGAGAUCUUUGCCUUUCUUACACGCUUCGACGCUUUGACAACGUUCUGGGACGUUUACGAACGACACGGUAACGAAUUACACGGUUUCAUGGAUCGAUCCCAGAGAUUGGAGCGAGGGAACGGUGAGAAACGAGAGUUCGUCGUGAUUUCAACGUAAAACAGGUGUUUCAAUCGAGUAUCAAAUUCGAAAUAUACGUAUAUAUUUAUAUACGUGCAUAAUAUAUAAAGUUUCUUCAAGUUUUGUGAUUUUUAUUAUAUAUUACGACCGUUGAUCGAUAAAGGAGGAAAGAUUAGAUCGAGAUUGAUCGUCCGAUCAUCGAGAAAAUUGGACGAAGAGAACCGUUAGUGCGUUGUCAAACGUGUUUAAUCGCCAAUUUCGGAAAGAGCAACGAUACGAAAGAGGAAAACGUUUUUUUUUCUUUUUUUUUCUUUUUUUCUCUCUCUCUCUCUCUCUUCUUCUCCUCUUGCUCGAAAAAAUAACACGUGGAUUCUCGAAAGAAUCGAUUGUAAAAUAAACGUACGUGCUCGUUACGACACAAUCUUGUGUCCUGUAUCGUCGAUUUAUUUUUUCGACGUAGAACAUUAAAACAUUAAUUCGAUGCAGUGUUAAACACUUACUAUGUGAAUCAAAGUUGUGACAAACAAAGAAACUUGCAAAUCGUCGUUUCUUCGAAUGAUCGAAGAGUGAUCGUUAAAGUGUAUUUAUUAUAAAAACGAGAGUAUCGCGUUGACAAUCGUCGAAAAAGUGCUACGACGUGAUUCUUCCUCGCGAAGAGAAGAACCGAAUAAAAACGAGGUAAAAAUCUUUUUUUACGCGUUAAUAAUAUACCGAAUAAUCUCGAUCCCUUCCCUGAUCUAAUUUCCAAUGUUUCCCUCGAUAUGAUCGAUACGUAAAGCAUCGCGGCGCUAAGAGAAUCUCUCGAAUCUCGAGAGAAAUUCGUGGACGCGCAUUCGAAAGACAGAUCUCGAGAGCGAUCUUUGUCGAUGCGAUUCGUGGAUACGAACCGCGUGACGUGAAGAUGCUCGGAUCGGGCUGACACUUUGGCAUUUAUCGUUUCGAUCGAUCGAACGACAAACGUAUAUAUAUAUAGGAAAUUGAAGAAGAGAAGAAGAGAAGAGGAGAAGAAGGAGAAGAAGGAGAAAGAGGAAGAGGAGGAGAAGAAGGAAAAGGAGAAGGAGAAGGAGAAGGAGAAGGAAGAGGAGGAAGAGAAGGAGGAGGAGGAGAGGGUGGAGAGUGGUGGACGAAGUGGAAAGAAAAGAUAGUGGACGAACGGGUGGUGCGACGUUCGGGUACGCACGUCGACAGGCCGGCUCUGGGGUGCCGGGCCCGGGCGGGGUGAUGAGCUGUUCCGAGGUGAUGUAUCAAUAUUAUCCUUACCUCUACCAGAGGCCACCGCCGCCACCACCGCCGCACCCGACCCACCCUCAUACGGCCCCGCACACCCAUCCCCACACGAAUCCACAUGCGGCCCACGACAGCCCUACAAGGUCGGCGUCUUUUCAAUCUUUCUCCGCGGCCACGGCGACGCAUCAAUACGAUAGGUUGAACGUUCACCAAAGACCACUCGGGCAAAUUUGUCCAGCUGGUGGAAGUGUUCCACAAGGGCAACAGAGCAGCGCAGGUUCCGUCGGCUCGGCACCUAGUCCGGCAUCGCCAAGGCCAACUCCUCAACCACGGCCACCCGUUGCAUCGACCGCCUCGCAACCCUCGAGAACGUUGGACGAUGACAGAUCGACGGACGCUGUAGGUACCGGGACCGCAGCGGAAGAUUCCGACGAUGGCGAGAGCAUAGCGCAAUACGUGAGCACAAAUUGCGUGGUCUUCACCCAUUAUCGAGGGGAUGCUGCGUCCGAAGUGGAGGAACACUUUCAAAGGGCAUUAGCGCACGACAAACCGAAGGAAAAUAUCUCCCCUAUGUUCAUGAGGAACUUCCCCCCUUCCUUCUGGAAGAGUCAGCAUCCUGGUGAAGUCUACGAGUGUCCAACGGAUCCAUGGCAUCCGCAUUAUCCACAAUAUCACCACAGGUCUCGAGUCUCAGGUUCAAGAUUCCAAAGACCUUUAUUGGUUCUAGAAGCGAGUGACGGAGUCUCGUGGGCCGAAUUAAUUCGCAACAUCCGGUGGGUGGAUCCGCGAAAGAAAGAGGCACGAGCUCUUCGAAACGGCGAACAGGAAUCGGAAGAAGAAGGAAUUGUCAUCCUCGCUCGAACGAACGUAGCGACAAAAUGGCGAAUAGGACGCUGUUGGGACGCGAUCGAGGAGAAACGAGGCUGCUCUGAAACGUGAUACUAGCGUGCUAAGGAACGGCGAUCCAUCCGGCGAACGGAGAGCUGAUGGACGAGAGGGAGAGGAGAGGAAGAAAUUUUUGUUACGUUACGGUCGGACGAACGUAUGCGAACAUCGUUCACGCCGAGCAAGUGUACAUAGUGUUACCUAAUUUACUUUAAGGAUCUACUAUUAGCGUACAACUCGGAUAGUAUUAGAGGAACUACUUUGCGCGCACUAUUACCUUUCAUAGUGACUGACGACGAAAUUACUUACUACAUAUAUGUCCGACCGGCCGGUGAAAAUGACAGAUUCUCUAGUUCGUAUAGAGUGUAGGGAAUUGUAGGCCAUCGAAAGGCGAAAGAGUCGAAAUUUUCCAAAUAAUUACGAAAUAGUUGAACGAUCGAAUAAAGGAAUCUAAUAAACGAAUCGAUAUCUCUUGGAACGUUGUCAAUCCGUUCAAACGUAUCGUAUCUUUUAGAAUUUUAUGCUUUUUGUUCUCGAAUCAUCGUUGAAACGACGAAUCGAUGAGUUUCGUUGCGAUCGUUCGUUUAUUUAUCGAGGAAGGAAAGAUGCGCGAAAGAGGAUAAAGAAAGAUGGAUCGAUUAUUUGGAGAAUUUGACUACAGAUUUAAGUGAAAUAUUUAUUGACCAAUGAUCUUGCCAUAUAUAUAUAAUAAAUAUAUAUAUAUAUAUAUUACUAUUAUUAUUGUAUCAUAACACCGAUGCUGCAGAAAUUCUGAAAUCUUCAAUCCAAGUCGGCAAAUUAAAAAAAAAAUAGUUAUUAUCCGAAUUGUCACAAUUAUUCUUUACAUCCUUUCCCAUAGAAUCGACAAUGAUAUCGCGAGGACAUGUAUACACACGCGCAACAAGCACGCACGCACAACCGUCAUUUCGCCUAGUGAAUUACUCUACCUUAAGCGCAUCUCAUGUUAUCAUAGGUGUUAAAUAAAUGAUGCAUCAAUAUUA